AUGACAACUUCAAACGCUGAGCAAUACCCCGAGGGACCUCUCUCUGUCCUCACCUCCUCUCGAGUCGUCGUCACUCUUCCCGAUGACUCUCUCGCUAUCACUCCCGCUUCCAUCGUCGUCAGCCCCAUCACCGGAAAGAUCAUCUCUGUCAUCCCCGAAAUUCUCCCCUCAACAAGCUUCCCUGCUGGUACUGAGUAUGUCGACCAUACUCCCAAGCUUCUCCUGCCCGGUCUCGUCGACGCUCAUGUUCACUUGAACGAGCCUGGUCGUACAGAGUGGGAGGGCUUCUGGACUGGUACCCGUGCUGCUGCCAGCGGUGGUGUCACUACUGUUGUUGACAUGCCGUUGAAUGCUAUUCCUCCUACUACCACUCUUCAUGGGUUUGAGGAGAAGUUGAGGGCGAGUCGGGGACAGUGCUGGGUUGAUGUCGGGUUCUAUGGUGGUAUUAUCCCGGGUAAUGCUGAUGAGCUGAGACCCCUUGUCGAAGCUGGCGUUCGAGGAUUUAAGGGAUUCUUGAUCGAGUCUGGUGUCCCCGAGUUCCCUGCUGUAUCUUCCAAGGAUAUCGCCCUCGCCAUGGAGACUCUCAAGGAAAGCCCUACCACUCUCAUGUUCCACGCCGAAAUGAUCCCUCCCAUCACUCAAUCUGUCGGUGAUGACGUUCAGACCUCUGAAGCUCCCCUCGCUCCCACCGGUGAACUCACCGCAUACAAGACCUUCCUCGAAUCUCGACCCCCUGCCUUCGAAACAUACGCCAUCGAGGAGAUUCUCAGCCAAGCACACAUUGCCCCCUCGCUACACCUUCACAUCGUUCACCUGUCCGCUACCCAGUGCAUUCCUAUCCUCAAGGCAGCUCGCAAGGCAGGCAUCAACAUCACAGCCGAGACUUGCUUCCACUACCUCGGUCUAACGGCUGAGGAGAUUGAGAAGGGUGACACUCGACACAAGUGCUGUCCUCCUAUCCGAGAGGGAAAGAACCGCGAUGGUCUUUGGGAUGAGCUCGUCGCUGAGGACUCAUGCAUCAAGACUGUUGUGUCGGAUCACUCACCCUGCACACCACAGCUCAAGCUCCUCCCUCAACAUCUCGACGCCGAUCGACCCAACAUUCCCCACAACGACUCCGGUAUCGACAUGACAAACUCCGCAACCCAGAAGGCCGAGAAGGAGCGUGGUGAUUUCUUCGCAGCCUGGGGCGGCAUCUCAUCUGUCGGUCUAGGUCUCCCCAUUCUUUACACCGCCGCCAAGAAGCGCAGCGAUUUCUCCAAGACACCAAGUAUCACCGACAUUGUGCGUCUCUGCUGCCAAGCCACAGCCGCUCAAGUCGGUCUCUCGCAUCGCAAGGGCGCUAUCAGAGUCGGUAUGGACGCCGAUAUCUGUGUCUUUGACGAUGCAGACGAAUGGACGUUUUCACAGGGUGAUAUGCGAUGGAAGAACCGCUGCUCACCGUGGGAGGGCCAUCAGUUCACCGGUCGCGUGAAGGAGACUUGGCUGCGUGGAAACAAGGUAUUUGAGCUUGGAGCGGCGAAUUCUGGGUUUGUGGCUGGCAAGCCUUUGGGGGAGGGCAUCACUGAGAAGCGGACAUGUUUAAAUGAUUGA